CUUAUACAAUAAAAAAAUAAUACAAUAACUGGCAUGUUGAGGAGGCAGAGACCACUAAAAUUAAAAUAAGAAGAAGAAUUAUACAUUUUUAACAAUGUCAAAAUUCAAAAUUUGUCAUUAGGUUAAUGUCGUUUUUCGUUGUGAAUUUUGUUUUCAUUUUUUUGAAUGUGCUCAUAAAAACAUGUUUUUAUAUUUAAGCAUUAAAUAAAACUAAACUUCCGCAAAUAUAUCAUUUAGAAGAAGCCAUAAAAAAGGUUAGGAUUUGGUUAAAAUCACGCCGCCAAAAUGAAUACAUCUUCCUACAUUCAACGAAUGGACGCAACACAAAAUCAAGUACAAAAAAUGGAAUUGGCCUCUAGAAAUAUCGAUAAUUCAUUAUUACUCGACAAUAAUUCUCCUAGGCUACUAGAUUUUAUGAACCUACACCCACAAAGUGGUUCUACUGCAAGUGGCUUUGCUGACCAUGAUUAUCCAACUUUAAGUGGAGGGCCCCACAUUAUUAACAAUAUGACUCAAAUCAAAUGUAUUAAUAGUGUGCCAUUACCUUCAGAAAUAGUUGAUCAUUUUGCACGGGUCCAAUGUCACUGUAUGAUGGGCUUAUUUUCUGAAAUAAACAGAGCUUGGUUAACUGUGGAUAGUGAUAUUUAUGUCUGGACUUAUGAAGAGAAUACCGAUUUAGCUUAUUUUGAUGGAAUAAGUGAAACUAUUGUCUGUGUUGGCCUGGUUAAACCUAAGGUUGGAGUUUUCCAUGCUUUCAUUAAAUAUCUACUUAUUUUGGCAACAUCUGUUGAUAUUGUUGUAUUAGGUGUUACUUUCACUGAAAAUCCAGGUGACAAUAGUGAUGAAAUUCAACUGAUACCAGAUCCUGUAUUUACACUACCAACUGAUGGUUCUACAGUCACAAUAAUAAAUAGCACUGAAGAUGGACGUAUAUUUUAUGGCACAAAAGAAGGAAACUUAUUUGAAAUCACCUAUCAAGCUGAAAGUGGUUGGUUUGGUAAAAGAUGUAAAAAAAUUAAUUUAUCAACAAGCACAUUGUCCUUUUUGGUUCCUUCAUUUUUAAAUGCAGCAUUAAGUGACGUAGAUGGCAUUAUCCAAAUUUCGAUUGAUGACAGUAGACAUGUUCUAUAUAUUCUUACAGAAAAAGGAUCAAUAGAAGUUUGUGAUUUAGGAGAAAAAGGAAAUUCAUUUUCAAGAGUUAGUAAAAUGUCUCAAGGAACUUUGGUUAACCAAGCAAUGAAUACUGUUAAAACUUUAGAUAGUCAAAACUUCCGUCCAAUUGUCAGCAUAUCUGCCAUUGAAGCUUCUGAAUCAGCCAAUUUAAAUCUGGUAGCAGUUUCUCAAACAGGAGUGAGAUUUUAUCUGACAGUUGUUAGUUUGUCAAAUCAACAACCCAAUCAAAGACCUUAUACAUUAACACUAGCUCAUGUGAGACUGCCUCCUGGUUAUUCUGCAAACAUUACUGUGAGACCAAGGUCGGUGCAUGUGUCCCACUAUAGAGACAGGAAUUUGGUGUUGAUAUCUACAGUAAAUGAAAAAGAUGUCCUGUGGUGUAUGAGUUCUGAUUUAUUUCCGUUUAGUCAGACAUUGAUGGAAGCGUAUUCGGCUGUGAAUUUAGAUGGUCCAGCUUUGGCUAUAUCAGAGGUGCGAAAUAUCAAUCCCUUACAAAUACAUGAUUUACAUGAAGCCCCUCCAUUGGUCGUCAGACAACAUGCAGAACCUCCGAAGAAAUAUGUAGUACUAACUUCGCAUAGUGUUCAAAUUUUCAUAAAAUUGAGACCAGUUGAUUUGCUUAAACAAAUUUUAAAAGAUAGCCACGGUCAAGAUACUGGAGCAUUGAAAGCUUUCUUCACCAUUCAAAAGGAAGAUCAAGCUUGUGCUACCAGUUUGAUACUGGCUUCUUUGGAAAAUGAGGACAACAUGGAAGUAGCAGAAUAUGCAACGAGAGCUUUCUUUUUGUUUGGAGGCGAACCUAAGCUGGCACACGGAAAUAUUUAUUCUGGUCAAUCUGUAUUUGCACCGCCCAUAAUUUCUACUCCAGCUCCACAUCAAUAUCAGCAACAACAGUUUCAAUCUCAGCAAUAUCAUAGUUUUUCACAAACUAUGUCUCCUACAGGCUCUGCAUAUGAUUUAUCCAGUCCAUUUAUUUUUUCGCCUAAACACAAUGGUCUUUACUUGUACUUAAGCAGAAUAUUGAGACCGAUUUGGAAUAGAAGAACAGUUGAUAAACUUUGUUUAGAUGGCAAAACUAUAACGACCAACAGUACAGUAAGUAGUGAAGAUUGCAUUUUCAUUUUAAAUAAUUUGUCGGCGCUUCAUAACUUCUUGAUGCGCAAUACACAAUUAUCAACAUUAAACACCAGUCAAAGCCAAAAUCCCAAUACAUUCAACAAUACUUCUUUAAAUAUGACAAGGUUGAACCACACCAUUCAAGAUGCUCAAUUGGAAGAAAGGAUGUCAUUAAAUGCCCUCAAGAUCUUUGUAUGUCACUGUUGCCAAAUAUUAGGUCUAUGGAGAAUUCUAUGCGAACAUCAAUUCCAUUCAUUAAUUGCUACUUUACCGGAGAAUGAACAGCACAUUCUUCAAAAUACGACGUUUAAAGAUUUAUUUUUAUAUAGGCAUGACAUAUGUUCAUUGCUGAUCACAACUUUGGUUAACAGUUAUUUGGGAGAUAACGCUUCGGUUGAUUCUAUUAGUAACAAAUUAAGGGAAGUUUGCCCACAAUUGUAUAAAACCGAGGAUGCCGCUUUUUCAAAGGCAGUUGAAAUAUUAAAAAUGACUCGAACGAUACAAAAUAGUGACGAGAAAGAAGAAAUGAUUCACUCCGCUCUACAGAUUUGCAAGUCAAUUGGUCCAUCUAUCAAUAUCACUGAUAUAUGUAGAGAGUUCACAAAUCUGAAGGCUUACAAAGCCAUUACUGAAUUGUGCGCGCAUUUCGGAAAGAAAAUAGAUCCCAAUAAAAUUGCCGAAAGUUAUUACAAUUCAGAAGACAACAGUGGAGAUCAAGAAGGUUACAAUUAUUAUCAAAGAAGAUUGGAAAUUUACAGACAUAUAUUAAAUAUGCUAGAUACUCUUUAUAACGAACAGAGCCAGACUCAAUCAUUAAGUCCAAAUUCUGAUCGCGCUUGUUCAACUAAUCAGUCAAUCUUAUUAGAUGGUGUAGAACAAUCCCAAAUUGGAUAUGUGGUGAAGCAAGUAAUAAGCGACAUUUUGGAAACUCCCGAUGAAAUUAUGCACAUUGCACUUUACGAUUGGUUAAUAUUCAAAAAUAUGACAGGAGAUUUAAUAAAUAUACAAAAUACGUCGUUGGAGACGUAUUUGAAACGAACGUCAGUUCAAAAUCCUAAUAACGUCGAAGCUAUGGACCUUUUGUGGAAAUAUUAUGAAAGUUGUGACAAUCACGCUGCUGCUGCUAAAAUAUUAAAUAAUCUUGCGUCACGAAGUGGUAUCAAUGUUCCAUUAAAAGAAAGACUUUCCUAUCUAGCUAGAGCUAUAAUGUGUAUGCGAAGCGAUAAGAUAGGCUAUGCGCCCUAUCUCGGAGUAUUCUUAAGAGACUUAGAAGAUAAAAUGGAAGUAGCGAAAGUACAAGAACAAAUUCUGAACGCCAUAACGAAUCUGCAAGGUCAAAUACCUAAUUCUCAAGACGCGAUUAAUGCCCUUAACUCUGGUUUAUAUGAAAUUUCACAGCUUUACGAGAACUUUGCAGAACCUUUUAAACUGUUGGAAUGCCAGCUCGCGAUUAUAGAAUGCGCUGGUUACACAGAUCAAGUGUUAGUUGAAUCGAUUUGGCAGCAAAUUUUAACUGACGAAUUGAAGAAAACCUUUGGAACCGGUACAGAUAAAGUAUGCCAACUUUUGAACAAAGUUAAACAAUUGGCGAAACAGUAUGCCCAGUCCACAAACUGCUUUCCAUUAAGUUACAUCGUUUAUGAGUUAGAAAUUGUAAAUGCAAAACUGAAGGGGGACAAACAACUUGUACCCACUGCACUGGAGAGUAUGAAUAUUCCUUUUGAAAGUCUGAUCAACGUUUACAACAGUUUGAAUACGAUAUCAGUAAAUGACCACUUCUGGCAGUUAGAAGAGAACGAAUUUCAUCUAUCUGAAGCAACGUCUGCGCUGAUAAAUUGCUUCCUCAGCAAUCACGAAAGUUAUAACAGCAUUGAAAAGAGGAGAAUAACUUCACUAUGCCAAGAUACAGUAGUUGCAUUACUAUCUAAUUUAUACAGCAAACCUAAUACUGAAACCUUAGUUAAUAAGUUAAGAAAUAUACAAGCUAGACUGUCAAGAAUUUAAUAACAAAAC